AUGCUAGACAGAAUACUUCCUGAUCUCCGGGUGCGAAUUCCUACUUGGUGGUUGUUGCUUCCUGUGACGGCUGCAGACUUGACGGACCUGCGCAUUGCACCAUCCAAACGCUGGUUCGACCUCGGUCUUUAUCCCAGCACGGGGAAUGUAAGGCCAGAAGACAGGUACCGCGCUGCCACCUUUUGCGUUCGCAUAUACGCCGUACCCUCCCUUUUACUGGUCCGCCUCUCGCUUUUUUUUUUGGCCAUCAAUACAACAAGACACCCAAUCAGCCUGGUUGCUAAGACAGUGCUGAAUAGUGAGACCCAAACUGUCCCCUUGCCUCAGUUUGGCCCUCCCACCUUUGCUCGUGUUGAUGUGCCUCCCUCUUCCACUCAAUACUGCAACGUUUGUAUGAGAAAGCGAUUUGGCAUGUGUAAGAAGCUUUUUGGCCUCUUGGCCUACUGUCUCGAGGAUUGA